AUGACAGUUCCAGUUCCUGUGGUUGGUUCGAUUCUAACCUAAAUUGAUUUAUAAAUAUUGGUAUUAUCAUCACAGAUUACCCCUUUUUAUUAACGAUAAUUGUGAUGGAAUCGUAUAUAUAAUGAAUUGUUUUUGGAUAUUUCUUAUUUUCAUCCCACAAAUAUGUUCAGCAUGGGAUUCAGAUCAAUUAGAAAUAUUUGAUGUCGUCGAAGAAGUACAAGAAAAUUUCUAUAAUCUUUUAAAUGUUACAAAUGAUGCUUCUCAUGAUCAAAUUAAAUCAGCAUUCAGAAAACUUUCAUUGAAACUACACCCAGACAAAAAUGUAGACAGAGACACAUCAGCAGAAUUUAGGAAUUUAGUUAGUGUUUAUGAAGUUCUCAAGACACCAUCCAAGAGAAAAUAUUAUGAUGACAUUCUUAAAAAUGGCUUGCCAAAUUGGAGAAAUGCAGUAUAUUACUAUCGAUAUGUUCGUAAAAUGGGAAUGACAGAAGUUUGUAUUAUUUUAUUUACAAUUAUUACUAUUGGACAAUAUCUGGUGAAUUGGGCAGCAUAUUUAGAGAAAAAAUAUGAAUUGGAGCAAACCAGGAAAAAGAAAAGGAAAGAUAGGGAUAAAAUAGAAGAAUAUGUAUUGGAAAAACCUUCUUUUUAUGACACAUUACCAAUACAAAUACCUCGAUUGGCCUGGUUCAUUAUUACAUCUUUACCUUAUGCAAUUGUUUCUAUGAAGUCUAUGCUCACUUACCAUAUUCAAGAAACAAUAAAAAAGCCUCCAUUGGAAGAACCUCAGGUUGAAAUUCCUAAGAUUAAAACUGUUCGUAAAAGAAAUAAGGGAUUUUUAAUUCCAGAAGGUCCAAAUUUUGAAACAACUUAUAAUCCCAAAACUUCCCAAGAUUCAUCCACAAAUGCACCUCUUAUCAGUGGUGGUCUCUGGACAGAUGAUGAUCUGGCCGAACUUAUUAAACUAAUCAAGAAAUAUCCUGGAGGUUCAAGCAAUCGCUGGGAGGUUAUAGCAGAUUCACUUGGCCGUUCAGUUCCCGAAGUAACAUAUAUGGCAGCCAAAGUGAAAGAAAAUGGAUAUCGACUACCUAAUGAAGAGGAAAAAGUUUUAGAGCCUCUUGCUGCCAAAAUAAAAACCAAAAAGGACGCUCUUUUACCAGAAGAAACGAAAGAAGUACACAGUUGGAAUCAAGAUCAACAGAAAGCAUUGGAAGAAGCACUCCUUAAAUUUCCAAAAGGAUGUAAUGAUAGAUGGGAUAGAAUAGCAGAACAUGUACCAAAUAAGAGUAAAGAAGAAUGUAUGUUAAGGUUCAGAUUCUUAGCCGAAAACUUGAAAAGGCAGAAAGGAAAACAACUGGAAGAAGAUUUGGAAAAAGCAAAAAAUAAUACAAAUGAGUAAAAAGUGGAAAUUAUUUGAAUUAAAUAAAGUAUUUUAUGACAAA